AUGGGCUAUACUGACCUCCCAACAGUAGAAACUUCACAAAUCGGGCAGCAGAAAUUUAUACAAGAAACAAGCCGUGUUGUCAGUGACAUCAGAACUUCUCAGCGGCACAACGAUCUUCGGAGGUGGUUGGCCCCCCCAAAUUCCUCCACAAACGCAGACAGCGCUAGGGUUGUCCGACGGAAAGGUACCGGCUCGUGGAUUUUUGACGAGCCUUCCUUUCAGCUAUGGCGUAGCGGUUUUCGCCGACACAUUUGGCUGUAUGGACUAUCUGGAUGCGGCAAAACCGUCCUCAGCACUACGAUAUUCGAUCGCCUGAAGGAGGAGAAUGUCCAAUGCCUCCUACAGUUCUAUUUUGAUUUUCGAGAUCCCAAGAAACAAACACUGGAUGCAUUGCUACGAGGACUACUAUACCAACUUCAUUUAUCCACCAAUAGGAAGAUAUCUGGCCUCGACGCCUUGUUCUCCGAGUGUUCCGACGAUUACAGUCAGCCUGCUUGUGAAAAGCUUGCGAGUUGCUUUCAAGAUAUGCUGAGGAGUGUGGAGAGCGCCGUCAUAUUGGUCGACGCAUUAGACGAAUGUGUCACAAGACAUCCAUUGAUCCGUUGGAUAAAGGAUUUGGCAGCUGCUGGUGACCUCGAACAUGUGAAGAUGAUGGUUACUAGUCGACCAGAAUAUGAGUUUAAACAUGAACUCAGUGUCGCUCUGGGGCCAGAGAAUUGUGUUCCUCUGAGCAAGACUGCCAUCAAUUCGGACAUACGAUCGUACGUGGAACAAAAAUUGGACGAAGAUGCCGGAUUUGAAAAGUGGGGUGCACAUUCUAAAAUCAUCAGCCUGAUGUGUGAUCAAAUUGCAAGCAAGGUCGAUGGAAUGUUCAGACUGGCGGCAUGCCAGCUUGACAGUCUGGAGAACUGCCUUGAUCGAGAAAACGGUCUCGGAAGCCUUGUGAGGGAAUUGAUUAGUCGAGGUGAAGACGUUAACACACCCAGUCGAAACGGGCCCGCGAUUGUCGCCGCCUCGUUGAGCGGUCACACAGCGAUUGUAAAGCUCUUAGUCAAGCAGGGGGCCGAUGUUGAUGCCCAAAGUCAAUACUGGGGGCAAACGCCACUUGAAGCCGCUUGCAGAAAUGGCCACAAAGCUGUCGCAGACAUUCUCCUAGACGCCGGAGCAGACUGGCGGACCUGGAAUCGACAGGUGCAUCGACAUUACGACGUGCAGUCAAACUCCAAGGAGACUGUGGAUCAAGAGUUGCCACGCGACAUAGCGGUGGCUACAUUGAGAGUGCAAGGGAAGUUGCGUAUUGUAAAGACUCUCGAUGAAAUCGACGAGCUCCUAAGCGAUAUGAAUGAUGCAGAUUUGGAAUCAUUGAAGACAGGCAUGGAAAGAAUUGAAAGCAGGCUAAGGAACGGGACCGCGAGGCCAGUACUCAAACGACUAGACAAGAAGAGUCCCGGAUUAGAUCACCUGCUACAAGACUCUGUCACGCAGCUGAUCGCUGAUACGUGCCCUGGCUUAUCGCUUUACUGGUCAACAUGA